AAAAAAAUCAUCAAGGAAAAUCGGAAAAUCCUUCUCGAAAACUUGUUCUUCGCGUUCUGGCGAUCAGUGGAAAAUUGUGCGAUUUUCGCGAGUUCCGUGCUGUGCGACAACUCUUUCCCAGUUUCCCCGAUCACGCCCCGAGCCCGGGUUUUCUUCGGAGUCAAGGUGGAUCCCAACAAAAUGGACAGUCCGUGUGAGUCGGAGAGCUCACUCGAUGGUGGGGCGAUGCUACCGCCCAGCCCGGUUUCUCGUGAGCAGCUACAAAAGCGCAUCGAAAGCCUUACCCAACAGAACAAGGUUCUGAAGGUGGAGCUGGAAACGUAUAAAAUUCGCGUCAAAGUCAUCCAGGAGGAGAACCGUGCUCUGCGCCAAGCAUCGGUUAUCAUCCAAGCGAAAGCCGAGCAGGAGGAAGAGUACAUCUCAAAUACGCUGCUCAAAAAGAUUCAGGCGCUGAAGAAGGAGAAGGAAACGCUAGCACAUCACUACGAGCGCGAGGAGGAGUGUUUGACGAACGAUUUGUCGCGCAAGCUCGAUCAGCUACGGCAGGAGAAGUGCAAGCUAGAGCAGACGCUGGAGCAGGAACAGGAGUGUUUGGUUAACAAGUUGAUGCGCAAGAUCGAGAAGCUCGAGGCGGAAACAUCCGCCAAACAGAAUCAUCUCGAGCAGUUGCGUCGCGAGAUGGUGGAACUGGAGAACACGCUCGAGCAGGAGCAGGAAGCGCUGGUGAACAAACUCUGGAAGCGUAUGGAUAAACUGGAGGCAGAGAAGCGUUCACUGCAGAUCAAGCUUGAUCAGCCAGUUUCCGAUCCGACUAGUCCAAAAGAGAUCACUCACCACCGUAGCGAGAACGGUAACGAUACCGCUUCGAAGCUGACGGCCCACAUCACCAAUCUACGCUCGGAGGUGGAUCAGCUACGCAGCAACUUAGCGGCGGCAGAGAAGGAAAGCCAGGAAAAGACACAACAGUUUGCGCAGGAAGAGAAGUGCAUCCGGGACGAGAACAAGCGGCUGCAGCGUAAACUGCAGCUUGAAGUCGAACGCCGAGAAGCACUGUCCCGGCAUCUGUCCGAAUCGGAAUCAUCGCUAGAGUUCGAGGAUGAGCGACUGUUCAAUGAGAACGUUUCCGCUUUUGCCAGUCAGCGUCCAAUCAGCCCCGGUGGGUUGACCCGUUGCAUCGCUUGCGGGCAGUUUGUGAGCCGACGGGCGAGCGAACGGUUUAUUAAGCCAGCGAUACCUAUCGGACUGAACACAUCGGCACCGAACGUGCUUUCCUCACACGCCCCGUCCAGUGGCGUUGGCCAGCAACCGGGCUGCGUUGCUGGAUCUGGACACCUGUUUCCACUGCUCGGUGGCAGUGGUGCUGGUGGCGGUGCCAGUGUGACCUCGCUCAAUAGCAGCAUUGGCUCGAGCUCAAACAACACUAGCAGUAAUAUUUCAUUCAAUAGCGGUGGAGGUGGCAUCGUUGGUCACGCACCAACGACGACCUCGUUCGUUCAACCGGCCAGCCCUAUGGAUACCUCUAUGUGCAAGGAUUAGAGCGGAAGAACUGAAUUAGAAUGGGCCUUUUGGGGCAGGAUAAGGCUUCUCCCGGCGUCGAUAGUACAUCUGGCGCGGAUAGUCUUCGAAAUAAUGUUUAAAACAAACACUCUGAUUCCGCGUGCGCUCAGUACAUACCCACCCGCUAGCACCUGCGAGACAUUGCAAACCCACAUUUCAAUUGUAUAGUUCGCGGAGCAGAUGACUCUGCCUUUUCGAUACAUGCAUCCUCACUCGCCUUUCGUUGUACUUCCCGAUCCAAACGAACGUUAUGCAAUGCGAUGCAUAAUGCAUAAUAAUUCUGUGUCGGUUCGCUUUUUUCCUGAUAAUCACUGCCGAUAACACUGAUAAAUGGGGCUCUCUCUCUAUCUCUCUCUCUAUUACAUGGCAUUGAACAUCAAGCAGCAGGUUAGACGUUACAACACGAACACAAAAUCUGGAUAAUUUUGCCUUAAUAUCUUGUUGGCGGUAUUGUUCCAUUUAUUCACUACAGUGUUUGUAAGGAGCAAGCGAAUAACGAAUUUGAAUUGUGAAACCUAUUUCUAAGAGGAACCAUUUAGAGCUAAGUCAGGAGUUGGUAAAGAUGAAGGGCGAAAACAUGGAUCCAUUAUCCAGCGCAUCGUACUUAUUAAGGGUAGAAAUCGAAAGCAACAUGGAGCUAUAAAGAGAGAGAGAGAGCGACGGGCCUCAUAAAGGAUACAAAAAUUCAAAUCAAUCAUUACGAAGCUCGUUUUCUUCGGCCACCACCGUGGCCAGACAAUGUACGUAAGGCACGCGCCGUAUAUUCCUUUUGCUUUGCGUUCGUUUUGUUAGUUUCAAUCACCAACCAUACAAUGGUUUAAUGCAAGAUAUGCGACAUAUAUGAAGAACCCGCUGAAACCAGCUUAGUGGCAACAAGAGGGGAUGGUUUUAUCUGGAAUAAAUGCGAAACAACCUUCAAGUCAGUGGUGAAAAGUAUCCAAGAAUUAUUCUCGUUUAUCCGUUCCUUGCUCAUACUAACUAUUCGUAUGGCGCGGAGUGAAGAGCAGCGAGUAAGGAAGGAUCGGGAAAAGAACGAAGGCCCGGUUUGUUACUAUUUCGCUAUGUAAUAAUGAAGAGGAGGAAUAUUUAAACACAAUACGCGUUCAUCCAAGUUAAAUAAUUGCACAUCCAAGGAAAAGGAAAUAGAAGAAAUCGACCCAAACUAGCCAAGAGUAACAGCAAAUAGUCAUUAUACGGCCAGCCAACAUUAGCACAUGCAACGCAGCGAAAUCAGAAUAGAAUUCCGUUACCGGAAGCACGACUGGAGGAAACGAAAAAGGGAUCGAAUGUGUGACGAUACGAAGACACGAAGCACAAGAAAAUUGCAUCUUUCUCUCACUUCGAAUGUUACUGCAGAUGUUACUUUAGUGUUUAGUAGUAUAGAUAAUCCAAUGCAUAUUCAGCGAGCAGAACUAGAAUCGUAUCUAAAUGUUAAAUCACGGCUCAGUCACGAAAGAGAGAUCCCAUCCUGGAAACAGGAAUGGCAGCGAGGAAGAUCCACGAUUGUCGCCUUGCGAGUUGAUGAUAACAGAUAAAUCUAAAUAAUUCGAAAAGAGUAAUGCCGGUGGAACAAGUGUAAGGGCAACUAAGCUGGCUAAUUGAUCGUCUGCUGCAUGCAUUAAUGGCAUGAUAAAGGAGCAAACUACUUCUGACUGUUAGAGUAACGUAUGCGAUACUAUUUACAGUAGCGAUGAUGGUACGCGACCCGGUGGAAGAAAUGGAGUUAUAUUUCCUAUCGAUUUCUCGAGCUGUGGAGCACCGGAUGGAGAAACUGACCCUUUUUUCUCUUUUGGAAUUUUGCUCGUUUAUGUUUUAUUGGAGUUGUCUAAAUUUGUCGUCCCUCUUUUGCUCGAUUGCCUUACCUUGACUAUAUACGAAUAUAUAAAAGUAGUUUGUACUUGUAUCGGAUUGAUUUAAAUGAAAUCAAAACUCGCUAAGCAUCUAAACCUAUCCACCAUCUCUAGUAUAGCAACGUAUGAACCGUGGCCUCCGACAAUACCCUCGUCCCCCAGGCUCCCUGGGCUCCUGUAACCGUUUGUUAACGUACCGCGUCCUACCGUGUUCUCGAUCGUUCAGAAUCCGUUCGUUACUCGCGAGACCACGGAUGUACCGGAGAUUGUGUUCGGCACCAAGUUUAGGCCAUAAAUGUGAUUCUCUUGUUUAAAAAAAUGACUACAGUUAGCGUUAAAAUAGGUGAGUGCGAGAGCCAGUGCGCCAAAUCGUCUGGUUUGGUUUAUGCAAAAGACAAAAUUGAGACGCCGUGCACAACUUGUUAAAACCAUUGGAUUUAGAGUACUGCUCCUAAAAGCCAGGCGGUAAAUUGUAUGUGAUACAUACAGAAGUUCCAACUCUGCAUGAACGCUCGAGAUCCCUUUAAUCGAUAGCAGCAUGGACCCGAAAACGCGGACCUUUAAUUUGCCUACAUGAUUUUUACAAGCAGAAUACAACAGGGACUUUGGACUGUGGCAAAUGGAGGCGUAUUUUUGCUACGUGCAUAUUAUUAGACUACAGCUUACUGUGUAAUCCUUUUUAUCAUUGCUAUUAUUAUGACCGGUUUUGCUAUAUUUUGUCAAGACGCAAGAAGAUGGAAAUAUAAAUAAUGGUCAAUAAAACCGUGGAAUGUGUGCUUUUUUGCUUUGCAA